UUGGUAAACCCAUAAUAUACUGAGAGUGACUACAUGGAUUAAUACAACGGGAGCGGAAACAUAAAACAUGGGAGACCUGGAGUGUGGCUUUGAAGAAAUGCAAGGGGUGAGAUUGGGAUACCUGCUCAUCAGAGGCAAGCAAAUGUUUGCUUUGUCUCAGGUCUUCACCGACCUGCUGAAGAACAUCCCCCGGACCACGGUGCACAAGCGCAUGGACCACCUGAACGUGAAAAAGCACCACUGCGACCUGGAGGAACUGCGGAAGCUUAAAGCAAUCAACUCUAUAGCUUUCCAUGCCGCUAAAUGCACCCUCAUAUCGCGGGAGGACGUGGAGGCUCUGUAUUUCUCCUGCAAGACGGAGCGGGUGUUGAAGUCCCACAAAAGGAAAGCGAAAGCGGUGUGUUCCCCCGGGGAUGAGGACGCGUCCCCGGGGCUCCUCCAUGCGGACGCCGAACUGUGGAAGGAAAAAGUUUGGUUUAGUUUGCACGGUGUCCCGGAGACUCUCACACUUCACAACAAAACAGGCAGGAAGAGAGAGCUGACUCCUUGCCUUACCGACUCCAAACUACCUCAAUUUUACCAGAAAACCAACGGACGGGAGCACCGUUCGGUGACUAAGCCCAGUCACAAACACUUUAAAAACUAUGAAACAGAUAAAAUAGCAGGGAAUCGUGUUACUUUGAGCCAAAGGCACUCGUUUUUCAGGAGCGCGGUGAGCCGGCAGCCGGUCGUGCUUCAGUCCGCCAUAGCUGCUCAGUCCAGGCUCUCGCGCUCAGCCGGCGACCUACUUCACAAAAGGAAGAGGAGGCGCGAGGGGGGCGGCGGCAGGGACAGCGCGAGGCACUCGUGGAGCAGGAGCAGACACGCGCACCACCACGUACCGCCGGUGCUGCUCGUACAACCCAAAUCACCCGGCAGUCACGGGACUUCUUUUGGUGCUUUCCACCUCGGUCCGGAUUUCUACCUUGACCCCAGACCUCACCAUCAUCAUCACCACCAGCAUCACCAUCAUCAUCAUCACCACCACCACGAGCCCAGUUUCCCGGAGAGUUACAGCAGCGACACCGAGUCCAGCACCUACUCCGACCGGGCGUACCCCGACUCGGACUUUGGGUCUGGCCUCUCCACCUCCAGCAACUCCGGGAGCUCCGAGGAAGAAGAGGAAGGCGAGGACGAAGAUGACACGCAGUCAGAUAGUUCAGAGGUCAGCUCAGACGAGGAGGAAAGCUCCUCUCAGUCCGACUCGAGCUCUGUUUCAAGCCGUGUUUCGGUCCAGAGCAUCAGGUUCAGACGGGCCCGGGUCGGUUCUCUCGCCAAAACUCUCAACACUAGUAAAGCACCUUUGGUCCUGCAGCCCACGUUUCACUACAACAACCAGCAUCAACACGAGAAACAGCACAGGACACUGGGCCAUGCUGCCGCCUCACAGCCAGGGGACCGACAGGAGAAACGCCAGAAAUGUGAAUUUAUAUGCAGUGAAACUAGAAAGGACUUUGGACCCUUAGAACCACAAAAAUGUAACUCGACUGUCACGGGGGAGAGCUUUUUCACUGAGUCCAAAAGGGGGAAAGCGUUUGAGGCUGAUCCAAACAGGGUUGGUCGUGUGGUCGAGCUGGCCCCUUAUUCACCGGGACCCAACCGGAAUAAGGCCUUUCACCCCUCACGCAGGACACCGGGGCACCCCACCAAGUGCCCCCCGGGAUUGAGCGCACAGUGUGACCAGGACAAAGAAGCCAGGCUGCCCAAAUGUACCGACAAAAGAGAGGCGAAAGCCAGCAGCCUAAAACCGCCCAGUCCACUGAAAAAAAUAAAGAUCGAGCCAGAGGAGCUCUGUGUGACCGCAGCCCCCCACUCGGACAGCGGCAGGACAGUCAGGACGCCACCCUUCAACCUCCACAAUGUGAAAGUUAAAGUGGAGGAAAGCUGUGAUGAAUAUGAAUACCAGAGCCAGGCCACUGUAGUCAAAUGUAAAGAAGAUAAGACAGAGAGCAGCAAUGGCCAAUAUCCCAUCAAACACGGGGAUUUUUUCAACAGCGGGAUUAAAGCCACGGAGAAGAGCCCUGAUGUGCCCCCCAGGUCCCCGUGUGGUCCUCAGGAAUACAGGAGCACCCAGGACAGCCCAUGUAUAGAGGAGUGGGAGCCCAGGAACAAAACCUGCAGGGUUCCGCUACUGGGGAGAAAAAAACCCCGAGUUUCCAGGACGCAAACAAAACAAAACGUGCCCAGGGUCAACAAGACUGCCUCUUCUUCUUCAUCGUCGUCGUCUUCUUCGUCUUCUUCUUCGUCUUCUUCUUCUCGUCCCGCGGGCUGCGAGGAGGUAUCCACGGUGGAUUUACCGAGCAGACGCAAACGCAGCACCGUAGCAUCGCCUGCAAAAAUGCCUUUCAGCCUGAUGGCAAAUUUCCCAUCCCCGCCGUCGCUGGUUGUUGGCAGCGACGGGGAUUUGUGCAAUGCUUACUCCCUGAACUCGCUGAGGGGCCCCGGGCCUCCCCCUCCGUCCCACCCCGUGUGGAGGUGGCAGCCAGGCGGCCAGAUUCUCCCUCCCCCACACGCUCAGAGAACUAGGAAAUGCUGAGCUGUUUUUUAAGCAAAAAAAAAAAAUACACACAACAAAAGCCCCCAACGUGUCAAUUUCCAACCUAAUUGUAGUCUUAAAGCGAGCUGGCCAAAUUGCUCGCAACUUUAUCGGUGUUUAUUAUUAUUUUCUGUGAAUGGGUUUACAUUCCGCUUUGUUUUGAAGUUUGAUCGAAGAAACCCCAUAAGAUCCCCCUUUUGUAGCCUCAGAAAACGCCCACAGAACUGUAAGACACCGCUCGUGGAUUUAUAUGCUUAAAAACUUUGAAAUAAGCUAUCAAUCCUAAGCAAUAGGCCUAUGUAAGGUUCUCGUUAUUGUGUUUACUUGACUUUUUCUGAUUAUUUUGUCUUCGCUUUUCUAUGCUGACCUGUUGGGUUGUAUGGUGCAGGGUUUCAGUGGGCUGUGCUUUGUCUGAAAGAGGAAGGGGGUUAAAAAAAAAAACUUACAGGAUUCCUUGAGAAGAGCCUACUCUUAAUCUAGC